AUGUUUUCUCGUUGUUUUGGAACCUCACGGGUUAUAGGGUCUGGUUCAGUUAUAACUAGGACCGUUUCAAAUGUUCCAGUUCAAUCCUUCAAGCCUUUGGAGUUUGACUUAGUUGUAGUUGGUGGGGGGAUUGUUGGAUGUGCGACUGCUCGUCAACUCCAAAUAAACCACCCUAAUAUGAAAAUCGCUAUUGUGGAGAAGGAAGAGAAACUUGCUGCUCAUCAAACUGGGCAUAACAGUGGCGUAAUACAUGCUGGAAUAUACUACACUCCGGGUUCCUUGAAAGCGAAGCUUUGCGUGGAGGGCAUGGAAUUGGCUUACAAAUUCUUUGAUGAAAAUAAUGUACCUUACAAGAAAACGGGAAAACUAAUCGUAGCAGUCGAGCCCAUCGAAGUAUCCAGGCUGGAAGCUCUGUUUGAACGAGCGAAAAAGAAUAACUGUCGAGAUAUCAAAAUGAUUGAAGCUCAUGAAAUCAAAGAGUACGAACCCCACUGCAAGGGUUUGAAAGCCUUAUGGUCUCCACACACGGGUAUUGUGGACUGGGGUUACGUUUGCAAACGUUUCGCUGAAGACUUUGAGAAGAGAGGAGGCUCGGUUUUUGUUAAGUACCCAGUUGAAUCGAUUGAAAGCUCUGGAGAUCCAAAGUAUCCAAUACGACUGACGUCCAAUGGAUAUGCCAAUGUUCAUGCAAACAAAUUGAUCACCUGUGCAGGAUUACAAGCUGAUCGAGUUGCACAGCUUAGUGGAUGUGAUGCUGAUCCCAAAAUUGUUCCAUUCCGUGGGGAAUAUCUUUUGCUGAAGCGAGAGAAGAGACAUUUGGUUAAUACUAAUAUUUAUCCGGUACCCGAUCCAAGGUUCCCAUUCCUUGGCGUUCAUUUCACUCCUCGGAUGAACGGAGAUAUUUGGCUAGGCCCAAAUGCAGUUCUAGCUUAUAAGCGAGAAGGAUACUCAUAUUUCGAUGUGUCGAUGAAAGAUUUGUAUGAUGCCUUGUCUUAUAGUGGAAUGCACAAGCUUGUUGGGAAGUACUUAUCGUUUGGAAUGACAGAAAUGUAUAGAGGAAUUUGGAUCCAAGCACAAGUUAAGCAACUGCAGCGUUUCAUUCCUGAAUUGAAACUCUCAGACGUCACGAGAGGUCCAGCAGGUGUGCGAGCCCAGGCAAUGGAUAGUAAUGGAAACUUAGUAGACGAUUUUGUUUUUGAUAGCGGAAAAGGAGAAUUUUCUUCUCGAGUAAUGCAUGUGCGUAAUGCUCCAUCUCCUGGAGCUACUAGCAGUCUUGCUAUAGCUAAAAUGGUAGCUUCUGAAGCAGCUAAGCGAUUCAGUAUUUGA